AUGUCCCGACUGCACUUAUGCUGCCUAUAUGGCCAACCGUCAAUAUUUCCAGCAAAAGCUCGCGAAGCGGAAAUGUUGUCUCCGCCCUCGGCCCAACUUGCACCACUCACCGAUGUCUACCCUCGCACGCGAGACUUCAAAUCAGCCAUAGACAACGGGUACGCGGCGCUCAGCGACGAAAGCAUCGACAACUCAUACCUAUCGUUCAGUGGUGUUACACCACAACUUUUCGAAUCCAUCGAGAGCCGCCGCGAUGAUACCCUUAACUCUAGUCAUGUGUUCACUCCAAAAAUUCAGAAUCCGUCUACACCAAGUCCAAGCCCUAGUUCUCAACAGGAGACUAUAGGAGUCGUGAUCCCAUCUCCGUCGCGGCAGCUUAAAAAACAGAUUGAGCAAUUGGAAUGGGUGAAACCGCCUCCUUUUACGCCUGAAAAAACAGCGCUCUCGACUGAGUAUUACCCCAUAGAUGCACACGAAAAGCACGCACUUAAAGGAGCUUACCCCAGCGCACGCAAGAUCAAGCGUUCUGAGAUGAGCCAAACAAGGCCGCUUCACGCCCGGCUGGAGCCUCAGGCAGACCUGCAACAUAUUACUAUGUUAGGGAUACUCCUCCCUCAUAUUAAUGUCAACGCCGGUCAGCUGAAACAAGUGGGUACGAUCCUUUAUGCCUUAGUUGAUGGAGUGGUUAGAGCGGAAUCAGAACUCUCAAACAACAUGAUCCUUGGAUUCAGUGGGGGCAUACAGUUCCACCAGCGGUACUACACCCGUGUUGGUGAGAAGAUCGGGCUGAUGAAACAAUAUGGUAUGGACUGGACACUGACCAAUGCUGCAAAUUGCAUGGCAGUAGAGUAUGCAGAGAGUCUAGGCCUACGGGAGCUGGCAUCCUACAUUGACAAGUAG